AUUACAUCGAUACGGGACGGCCUCUCCCCGCUCGCUCUCUCGCUCCUCUGCAAUCGCUUUGCCCACUGCCACCGGCCGUCGAUAUACUGUAUUGCCAGUGAACUUAGGUUUAUUCAAGGAAAUGAAAUGUUCUCCAUAUGCACUUCGCCUAGGCACUCAUUUCUUCUAGAGAGAUGGAAAGGCAGGCAGCUGCGGGCCUCCUUCAUUUCCGCCACACGGACGAUCGGUGUCGCUCCUUGGCGAAUCCCUUGUUCCAUGAACGACAAUUCAACUCUCCAUGAUUUUGAUCCUUCCAAGGAGCUACUAGAGCUUGAAGUGGAUUCACGCCCGAGGAAUGUUAGACCAUUUCCAGAAAAGGUGAGAUCAUGGUUUGGUCCAAAUGGCCAGUACAUCAGAGAGUUACCUUGUCCAGGUUGUCGGGGAAGGGGUUAUACACCAUGCCCCGAGUGUGGAGUUGAUAGAUCAAGACCUGAUUGUUUUCAGUGUACUGGAAAGGGCGUUAAGACAUGCCGGCAAUGCUUGGGAGAGUGUGUGAUCUGGGAAGAGUCAUACGAUGAGCGACCUUGGGAGAAAGCUCGAUCUAGCUCUCUCUUUAAAGUGAAAGAAGAUGAUGAGGUCGACAGACUAGACAUAAAGGUGGAUGCUGGGAGAAAAUCUAGAAGAAUAUAUCGAUCACCAACUCCUGAAGUUAGUUUGAAGAUCAGCAGAUCAUUGAGAAGUCUAAAUGCUAAAACUGGGCUAUUCAGCAAGAGAAUGAAGAUGAUACACCAAGAUCCAGUGCUAUAUGCGCAGAGAGUGUCUGCAAUCAAGAAAACAAAAGGAACUCCUGCAGCAAGGAAACGUGCUUCUGAAAUCUCCAAAGCUUACUUCAGUGAUCCAGAGAACCGUCUUAAGAGAAGCAUGGCAAUGAAAGGAGUAAAGUUCUACUGCAGCCACUGUGGGGAGGAAGGACAUAGAAGACACUAUUGCCAAGUACUAAGGGGGGCUUCAAGUGAGAUGAGGUUCAGGUGUUCGUUGUGCGGGGCACGGGGACAUAACCUUCGCACGUGUGGAAGAUCAACAAUGAAAAAAGAACAAAGCCGGCAAAGCAAGCCUUGUAAGGUGGAAGAAGGUAACUCUGGUAAGGCUAAGAGGAGUUACUCCUGCAAGUUGUGCUUGGGAAAGGGGCAUAAUAGUAGAACUUGCCCUGCUAGGAAAGUUAGUGGAGAAAUAAGCACAAAGGUUGUAAUGCCUGAACAAGUGACUAUGAAGUAGGGGUGUAUGAAGCUAUUUGUGAGCCAGUUUGAGCUCUCGACUCCAUAAAUGGCUCGUGAACUGAGCUAGCGAGUCAAGUUUGAGCUGACCCUGACUCGACUCGUUAACUGGCGAGUAAGCUCGUUUAAAAAAUAUUAAUAAAAGAUGCACUUAAAAUAUAUUAACAUUUAUAAUUUUAAGUGCAAAGUUAAAAAUAUUUUAAAAUUUUAU